AUGGAAGCUUCUAAUAGACACAAAGCUAUCUUCCGAAGCCCUUGCUUGACGAUCCCAUGUUUGUCCUCAGAUCAUGGAGCCUGGAAUUCUUCACCAGGGUCUUCUUUGCACGCACCUCUACAGACUUCUGUUGCCUUCAAUCUGUGUAGCAGGGAGUCGAGACAAUCGAAUCCCGUGGUGGCUGAUUAUAGCAAUUUAUCUUGUCUAAGUAACUCUGCCAUUUGUUCUACACAGGCGUCUGAUGUCAUUUGUGCUCUGCCAUUCAGGUAUCGGGAUUUUGUUUCUGAGCCUGCAGCUAAGGCGUCAUUAGAGCGAUGUGCAGAUUCAGAGAUUAUCGACAAUUAUGUCCCAACUACAAAAAUACGAGGUGAUGAUAUUAAUAUUGAACUAGAGCUAUUCGCAUACAAGUCUGUUGCCACUGACCAUCGGGAAAGUUUUCCAAACGCAGACCCGACUCUUGUAUUGCGAUCAAGUGAACAUUUAGCAAUGUCCCAUCAAGCUAGGGUUAAUGAGGAUGCUGAUACACCAGACGAAAGUUGCGCUGACGAUACUUUAGAUGAAAACAAUGUAAUCGGAGUGGGAUUGAGCGAUUCGUCAACAUCGAAUUACGAUUUAGGUCUGUGGAAGAUCAUAGUUUUAUUAAACCAAACAUAUUUCGCUAGUAAGAUUUUGGUGCGUCAUUAA